AUGCAUUCUGACGGAGAAAUCAAAACCGUCCAUUCCCUUGCUCUAUGCAGACUCGAAAUUAAAUAUCUUGUCGCUGUUAACAGGAUCAAAGAUACCAUCUGGUAUGCGCAUGAACGCUGGGAAAAGUGUUAUACACUAUGCACUGUUUCAUUAUCCUUCCUAAUGAAUGCACUGUUUCAUUUUUAUGGUAAGGGUAGGGUGCAGAAAUACUCCCAACAUAUUAAGAUUCGAAGGGAGGAAAUAAAAAGGAAAAAAGAUUUGAUUUGGUUAGGAGCCACAGGUUUUGCGGGUCUCUGCUACGACACAGGGACCCAAUGCCGGAACGACUCCGCUUUUGCCGCUGCCUAA